AAAACAAAUGUCAAAAUUGAAUGAAGUGAAAAGUGAAUCGCAGCCGAAUUUUUGGAAAUAGAAAAUAGCGUCGAUAAUCCUUGAUAUUUAUAGGGAUCCUUUAUAAUUAUAGUUUAGAAAUAUCUGUACUCAAAUUGUAGUGUUAUUUUACGUUAAGUUUUAAUAAUAUUUUCCAAUUUUACGACAUUUGUGACAAAAAGUCUAAAUUCCAAACAGUUGUACUAGUGGAGGACAUUUGUUGGGCGUAAAAAGAAAAUGGCGUGCGCUACUCUCAAAAGAAAUUUGGAUUGGGAGUCGAUGUCCCAGCUGCCUGCUAAAAGGCGAAGAUGUGCGCCAUUUGCCACAGGAUCCAGCACAAGCCCUGGACUGAAAGUCUCCGAAAACAAGCCGUCUACGUUCGGAGAAUCCGUUACUGCACCUGCGAAAUUGACCCCAGAGCGCAUGGCCCAGGAGAUCUACGACGAGAUAAAGCGGCUGCGGCGGCGGCGGCAGCUGCGCACGGCGAGCGGCGCGCCGAGCUGCUCGUCGUCGUCGGGCAGCGAGGGCGACGCCUCGCCGCCGCACCAGGGGCUGCACGCGCACCACGCGCACAACAAGGCGGUGCACAGCCGCGCGCUCUUCACCUUCAAACAGGUGCGCAUGAUCUGCGAGCGAAUGCUCCGGGAGCAGGAGGCGGCGCUGCGCGCGGAGUACGAGACCGCGCUGAGCAGCAAGCUCGCCGAGCAGUAUGAAGCCUUCGUGCGCUUCAACCUCGAUCAGGUGCAACGCCGGCCGCCGCCCGCGACGUGCAUGCCUAUCGGGAUGGACGCCGAACAUCACAUGCAUCAGGAUCUCGUUCCCAGCUAUCUGUCCUAAUAACGGCGGAUAAGGCGGCGGCGGUGAAAACUGCAAUAUAUCAAGACAAACAUAUUUUGGUAUAUGUGAAUAUUAUAUGCGGGAAUAGAGUAUCCUAACUAAUUAAUGAUCAAGACAUUGUGAUUGCCAGUGGAAUUUACCAGGACUAAUAUUGUGAAACGCCAUUCAACCUACCUGCAAUAAUACAGUAUUAUCAAUUGUACCAAUCCUAUCUACUCUAGGAAUCUUUAUUGAGUUCCUAUCUAUGAAAUGUGCUAUAAUCCUAAACACAAAUUUUCAAGCCCAAGAGGCAAAGUUUCGUCUUUAUAAAUGAGUAUACGAAACUUCAUUCUACCCUAUCCUGUCAUCUAACUAGAGGUAUUCUUGCAAUACAUAUUUUACUUCUUUUAUCAAAUGGAUUUGAUAACAUGAUUUAAAAGUAAAUUAUAAAGUUUGUAAGCCUGAGCAAUGCAAACUUGGGGUGUUUUAGUACAAGAUGUUAAUGACAAUGUGAAUUUAGAUAAUUCACUGAACAUUUCACAAUAUUGACUGCGCUAAGUUCCACAGUUUUGUUCAUGCCACAUACACAUAAAUUAGCUUUUAAUGCUUUAGAUAAGGUUCGCUGGAUAAUUGUGUUCAUAGACUGAGGAUCGAUAAUGCCGGAGUGAGAGUUAAAUGGCUGAAACUCAGCAGUACUCAGUUUCGGCCGUUCAAUUGUAAACGGGUUUACAGAGUAAUGUCUGGAGGCGCGCGUAGCGGCGCGUCCACUUGUAUUUUAUAUAUUUUCUAAAAUAUGUGAAGGAACCUGUAGGACCUUAGAUCUAACACAAUAAAUUCACGCAGAGUGCCUGUUUAAGAAAUCAUUAUCCUCAAGAGUUUGCGAAUUAGUUAGCCAUGAUUUUGAAUGGUAUAAUUUUUAUUGUACUUUUUUAGUGUCGUCGGAAUAUAGUUGUAGUGAAUAUGUUUUGUUUGUCAAGUUGUACAGCUUGUGCUGUGACUGCGACAGACGCCUCGUGUAUCAGCUCGUUCGGAUGUUUCUCUUUGGUAUACUUCUAUAUCAUGUACUAUUUAUAUUUACGACGCACUUGUCGACUUUCCUCAAAAUUACUCACUUUACUGAUACAUAAUGGCUUAUUUAGAAGAUGAUAAAUUAGCUUUAUUUAAAUUUCUUAAGUUAUUUUUCUCAAUAAUGUAACGAAAGCACCACUGCAAUGUCGACAUAACGAAGAAUGCAUCUGUAAGCAUUAUUGGGAUUUUGUUUUAUAUUAUUGUUUAGUUAGUAACUUUUUAUUGAAUACAAAAAGGAUUAUAAUUUGUUACCAAGCAUUAUUCAAUAAAAAAUUAGGAUAGGUCUUUUUUAAAUUGUAUUAUCAGCUCAUUAGUAGGUUAUUGGCGUUUAAGAACUGAAAAUAAAUUAGCUAAACACCCAUA